CCUCCUCCUCCUCCUCCUCCUCCUAUUCUUCUUCCCCUCUCUCUUUUCGGCGGAAGAGGGGGGACGACUACACCGCCAUACAUUUUUCACUUCUCAUCCGAGAUCGAAACAGCAAAAAGCGAGGAGAGUGAGCACUUCUCACUUUUCGGCGUCCUCCUAACGUGCAAGAGUGUGAGUUUUCAUGUGAAGGGAUUUCUCCUCAGUAUUAUUGUGGAAAGGAAACCUGUGCCGUUGUGCGUGUUCAGGACGGGCCUGGGGCGGUCUCAGCUGGCUUUGUUUUCAGUUGUGGUCUGUGCUUCGGAAAGGUAAAGGAAUGAUGUGAAAGCGAGUACCGGCGCAAGGCAAACUGGGACGGAUCUUCCGACAUAAAAAUGACCGCUACUGCCUGUCUUUGUACCCUGCUCACUUCCUGCUUUCGUCUCGAUCAGUCUCUUUGACGAUUGGACCGUUCGGUUACUGACAAUGGCGGCGGACAAAGAGGGAAACGAGUACAUAAAAAAGCGACCCACUUCCGCUCCCAGGGCGGGGGAGCUGACAGCGAACAUCCCGAAAAUAGUACUCGUGGAUAAGACGGACGGCUUGUCCGGGACAACAAAGACAGAGUUAUCCCCCCACUUGUCGUCUGUUCCAGCCAAUUUGGCAACCGUCGACAUCCGUGUCAAUGAGGAGUACAGCCAGACAACGAGUGCUGGAAGUGGCCAGGACCUGGCGAAUGGACGGGGGUUGAACCCCUCGUCUUUAUCUGCGGCUGCUGAACAAUCGCGCUUCUCGUCUAAGAAAUCAGAUCACCCGCCAAUUCGGUCUUCAUCAGACAUUGGACUUCCCGCCGCAAGUAUGCCCAAUCUGGCUCUUCAGUUGGGUAUGGUGGGCGGAGGUGCGAUGGAGGGCGGAAAGGAGAAUCACUUAGGUGUAUAUUGCUCCCCAAGAACAUCCAGAAGGUCAGUUGACCUAGAUAUCAACUCUCGGGCGGAUACACAUGGCCAGUACGAGUGGAUAGAAACAUUAGACUCGUCCUCCAACUCACUGAAAGUGCUCACCGCGUCCAGCAGAGUCGGCAGCGCUCUGUCCCUCAACAGUGAAUGCACGGCAAGAAGUAUAGGGCUAUUGUCCAACGAUUCGGACUCUGACAACGACGUGUCCAUUUCUGAAAAGGACAAGCUCUCCGAUAAACCUGCUCAGCUCCGCAGAUUUAUGUCUCACCCAGAAGAAGGCACGUCUCCGGAAGUCGGCGCGAGGCCGUCACAGUCUCUCUGCAAUCUAAAAUCUGCGAAUGCGUCAAAAAGCGUUGACACUGACGUCAUAGCAGACGCGGAUUUGGACACGAUGGCGUCAUCUCUCGACAACACAACGUCAUCGCUAGACGACUUUCAAAUAAGCGUGAGUCCUGACAGUAAAAUCCCUGAACAAGGCAGUGGGACAGACACCCGCCGUCGAAACUCAGUGCCAGUCAAGACGAGCAACCCCCCGUCCCAGUCAGCUUCCAAACCCCUGAAAGACUCGUCCAUUCCGACUUCGGGUGGGAACAGCAGAGACCGCAACGCCACACGCCGCUCCAAACAACCUCGCCCUGGGUCGGACGCCAGAGACGGUGGCCCAAUCUUCUCGUUGCCUGGUGGGGACGCGAGCACCUCUGGCAGCAGUAGCAUCGGCGGGGGUCAAGGCAGGUCAAGUCAGAUGCUGUGCUAUAGGUGUGAUCAGAACGACACUUCCAGGGACGGCAGGAUCCGACAGUGGCUCCAGGAUAUGGAUAAACACAGCUAUUCCAAUGGAUAAACCCGCCAGGAGUUGUAAUAUACUGCACUGAAAAAGGAAUGGAGUAUUUUCUGUCUUUUACGUUUUGGUUGUUCAGGAAUAAGUGUUCCUUCUCUCUGCUGAAUCGUUGACUAGCUUUUGGGGAUGGGAAAACACAAAAGCUGUUUUACGAAUGAAUACACAGGUUAGUCCGUUCAGGAUCGAAAUAAACAAAAAACAAAAGGCUUAGCUGUCUUUAACGUUUGUAUUCUAUGUGCAUAAUAUUCUUUCAAUGGCUUCAUAAUGGAUAUCCCGUACAAUUAUUCUGUAAUGGGAAUCCAUAAGCUGGUUGUGCUGGGUUGAAGAUGGAGGGAAAGUUUCUUUCGUCUUAUUCCGUCUUUCAGGUCAGAUACAUCACACAAAGUCCAGAUUGGCUUUAAAAGAAAGGAUAAAAGCUGCUGGCCUCCCAGACUGUCUCAAUUGUGUUAAUAGGGACGUAAGAUAUCAACAUAAAAAGUGUUUUAUUUCUGCUGAAUCAUC